AUGAGGAAUAUGUCUCUGACUAUGUAUAUAAGAAGGUGCUCAGACGAUAUUCUGGACACAACAGCUCUGAGAUCUACAAGCUCUACAGAACGUCUACAGAUUAUUUCUGUCAUUGUGAAGAAACAUCUUGAAGAAUGAGAAGCCUGAUGUCUGUGCUGUUCCUGGUGAUCUUCUGCUCUGUGCAGAUGACCAGUGCUACUGAGGCAAUUGAAGCAGCACAAGCAAAGUGCUGUGUAGAGUUCUCUAAUCUGAAGAUUCCUGUGAAACUAGUGAAAUCUUACUCCUGGACCAGCAGCAGCUGUGCCAAACGUGCUAUUAUAUUUAAAACAACUGCAGGGAGGGAGUUCUGUGUAGAUCCAGAGACCACCUGGGUGAGCCACCAUGUUGAUAAAGUGGACAAAAGAACAAAAAUUGGAACAACAGCUGCUGCUGCAUCAACAACUUCUACCACAGCACAAACUCACAAAGUCACAGUCUAACAGAAGCUAUACUGUUUCUAUUUAAAAUGUGUAUUUCAUAUUGUAUAUAUUGUUCAUAUUGUAUACCUUGUACUGUUUCCAGUGUGUAUAUAAAAUAUUUUAUUUACAGAGUAAUUUAUGUGAUUGGGUUCAGUUGUUUUAAUAAAAUAUA